AUGUUCAACUUCACGGCGUUGCUGGGCGCGCAGUCCGACUCGCCCGCUUCACAAUCGUUACUCGAACUCGACGGAGGUGUCAAACUGCUGGUGGACGUCGGAUGGGAUGAGACCUUUGAUGCGGAAAAGUUGCAGACCUUGGAGAAGCAUGUGUCGACAUUGUCAGUGAUACUCCUGACCCAUGCGACCGUGGAGCAUAUUGGAGCAUACGCGCAUUGCUGCAAGCAUAUUCCGGCUUUCAACAAAAUUCCUGUCUACGCGACCACGCCGGUCAUCAACCUCGGACGGACACUCAUCGCCGAUAUCUACGCGUCUUCGCCUCUCGCCGCUUCUGUAAUACCGACAUCAUCCAUAUCCUCCUCUCCAGUAGCACUUGCGCCGGAGUCUACCCCAAAUCUCCUCUUCCAGCCUCCAACGGCUGACGAAAUCGCCUCAUACUUCAACCUCAUCCAUCCUCUCAAGUACAGCCAGCCACAUCAGCCAAUCCCAUCGCCAUGGUCACCCUCGCUCGGCAAUCUCACGAUUACGGCAUACAGUGCAGGACACACGAUCGGUGGUACAAUAUGGCACAUUCAACACAGCAUGGAGAGUAUUGUGUAUGCGGCAGACUGGAAUCAAGGUCGCGAGAAUCUGCUCUCAGGUGCAGCAUGGCUGGGGAGUACUUCAGGAGGGGCUGAGAUUAUCGAGGCGCUGCGUCGACCGACAGCAUUGAUAUGCAGCUCGAAGGGCGUAGAGAAGACGGACACCAUGCCACGAAAGAAGAGAGACGAGACAUUGGUCGGUUUGAUCAGAGAUACGAUCGCGCAAGGGGGCAAAGUCCUCAUACCGACAGACUCAUCUGCUCGAGUUCUAGAAUUGGCAUUUGUGCUCAAUCAGAACUGGAAGGAAAACAUCAACGGACCCCACGCGGAUACGUAUCGACAUGCAAAAAUAUACAUGGCCAGUAAGACUAGCUCGAGUACCGUUCGUCAACUGCAAGGAAUGCUGGAGUGGCUAGAUGAGUCUAUUAUUCGAGAUGCCGAGGUGGCUAUGGGUCAGCAGCAGGUGGAGAACCAGAAGGUGCCGACGUUGCUGGACUGGCGUUUCGUCAAGCAGAUUGAGAGGAAGAGUCAGUUCGAUCGAGCAUUGAAGAGGUCGAGUCCUUGUAUCCUGCUUGCCAGUGAUGCUUCGCUAGAAUGGGGAUUCUCGAGAUCAGCUCUGGAGAGCUUAGCAUCAGAUUCUCGAAACUUGGUCGUGCUUACCGAGACCGUCUCCCACGGCAAGUCGGCCAGCCCCAGUCUGGCAGCACAACUGGCAAAGUGUUGGCAGGAGCGGUCAUCAGGGAAAUCUGGCGCGAGAGUGGUCGGAGCAGAGGGUCAUGAGGUGUCGCUACGAAAUUAUGCUGUGGAAACGCUCGAUGGAGACGAGAACAUGUUGUACCAGCAAUACAUUGCUCGCCAACGACAGCUACAUAGUAGCCUACAAGGUGACAAUACAGCCAAUGAUGCGGUCACCACUGAGAUUGCAGAUGAUCAAGCCUCAGAAUCGUCUGAAUCAGAAGAUGAGGAUGAGGACACCGAGCAUCAAGGUCGCGCACUGAACCUUUCGGCACAGAUGACGCAAACGAAUAAGCGUAAAGUCGGCCUCUCAGAUGCUGAGCUCGGUAUCAAUGUCUUGUUGCGGAGUAAAAACAUCCAUGACUUUGAUGUGAGAAAUAAGCGCGGAAGAGAGAAGAUGUUUCCAUUCGUGGCACAUAGGGCAAAGGCAGAUGAGUAUGGAGACAUCAUCAGGCCUGAGGACUACCUCCGCGCAGAGGAAAGAGAUGAUGUUGAUGGUGUUGAUAUGAGGGAAACCGUCAAGCAAGAAGCACCAGCUGUCGGCCAAAAGAGGAAGUGGGAUGAUGCCGCCACCUUGAAUGGUCCUGGCGGGAAAGGACGGAGGUCGCUCAAACAAGAGCCGAACAAGCGAACCAAAGCUGAGGAACCAAAGGAACCACGACAGCCUGACGACAUCGACGCUCUGAUCGCCAAAGCCACUGGCGAAGGCGAAGGCGCUGCGAAUGGAGACGAAGAAAGUGAUGGUGAAAGCGAUUACGAGCCCGAAGAUGCGGCCGCCGAUGGACCUCAAAAGAUUGUCUUCACAACUCAAACUGUCGCUUUGCAUCUCCGCAUUGCACAUGUCGACUUCUCUGGACUGCACGAAAAGCGAGACUUGCAGAUGUUGAUUCCUCUUAUUCGACCGCGGAAGCUCAUUCUAAUUUCGGGAAGCAUGUCCGAGACGCAGACACUCGCAGAAGAUUGCAGACAACUCCUCGCAGGCGAUGGCAACUCGACCGAUGUCUUCGCUCCAAUCAUCGGCGAGAUGGUCGAUGCUAGCGUUGACACAAACGCGUGGACCCUCAAGCUGAGCCGACAGCUCGUCAAGAAGCUCACAUGGCAGAACGUAAAAGGCUUGGGGGUUGUGGCUCUGACAGGGCGCCUGGAAGCGGAAGAAGUAGAGACAGAUGAAGUCGCGGAUCAAGGCGACAAGAAGAAGCUCAAGCUCAUCAAGAAUGAAAAAGAGGAAGACACGAAGAUGACAGGUCUCGAGGCCAGGCCUUCGAUGCCUGUCCUCGAUCUUGUCAACAUGAUGGCUGCCGGCGGCGUUGGUGUAGUCCAUCACCGCGCCACGCAGCCUGUGCACGUUGGAGAUCUGCGCCUGGCAGACCUGAGGAACCUCAUGCGGGAGUCUGGACACACGGCAGAGUUCCGUGGCGAGGGUCGAACAACCUACAACAGCCCACCUCUCCCCGCCGGCUACGCACACCAAGUCUUCUACCCCAACUUCGGAGCCGUCGCAUCAGCCGAACCAGCAGAUCGCUCUCACAUCCUACCACCAGCACAGCCAGGCGUUACCGUGGCCAACGGCUGUACGACUUGGAACGGUACGACUUGGACCGCCCCAGUCACUCAACCCGCCGCCGGCUCCCAAGCACCUCCAGCACUAGCCCCCGGCGUCAACUACAUGUUUCCUCCGGCUCACACGAUGUUGCAUGUGUUUAACAAAGGCGCUCCGAUCUGGGAGGAUAAAUACAAAGGCCAAGGACUGGCGUUCAAGAUCUUCAAAGUCAGCACGCAGUAUUCCGUGAAGGAGGUUGUUGAGAGGGUGAUGGGUGCGGGCGACGACAAGGACAAGUGCAAGGACUGGGCGUGCACGGAGGUGGUGGAGUGUGGAGAUGGGAGGUGGAUCAAGGGCACGACGAUUCCGUACAAGGACGACAAGGCGAAGGGCAAUUUGGCGAGCAUGGGGUGGACUGAGAAGAGGGGUCAGGGAUUGCCUCCUGUGUGGUUGGUGGUGCACAAGCCUUGA